CGCGCGCGGAACCUUGGUGUGCGCGCGCCCGCCGCCCGCGCAGCCCCUCAGCCCGCUCCGCCCUCGGGGUCGUGGUGCCAGUCCUUCACCUGCUGUGCACUAGCUCCCUGGACAGGGGCUGGGGAGCCGGGUAGGGGCAGAGGCGCGAGCCACGGGACUAGCGCCUGAGGUGCUCUGGAGGAACCAUGGAAUUGAGUAGCAAGAAGAAACUCCAUGCCCUGUCCCUGGCUGAGAAGAUCCAGGUGCUGGAACUCCUGGAUGAGUCUAAGAUGUCCCAGUCUGAGGUAGCUCGGCGCUUCCAGGUGUCCCAGCCACAGAUCUCACGCAUCUGCAAGAAUAAAGAGAAGCUGCUGGCAGACUGGUGCAGCGGUACAGCUAACAGGGAGCGCAAGCGCAAACGGGAGUCCAAGUACAGUGGGAUUGAUGAGGCCCUGCUCUGCUGGUACCACAUUGCCCAGGCCAAGGCCUGGGACGUGACAGGACCCAUGCUGCUCCACAAAGCCAAGGAACUGGCAGAUAUCAUGGGGCAGGAUUUCGUGCCCAGCAUUGGCUGGCUAGUCCGCUGGAAACGCCGAAACAAUGUAGGCUUUGGGGCUCGCCAUGUCCUUGCCCCUCCAUUCCCCCCUGAACCACCUCCCCCAGGGCUCACAUCUCAGGCCCAGCCGCCUCUUUCCCUUAAAGACUUUUCCCCAGAGGAUGUUUUUGGUUGUGCCAAAGUGCCCUUGCUGUAUCGGGCAGUGCCCGGCAGAGCAGUUGCUUGUGAUCAGGUACAGGUACUGCUAUGUGCCAACAGCAGAGGCACAGAGAAACGACGGGUAUUGGUUGGCGGGCUCCGGUCAGCUCCAAGAUGUUUCUUUGGGGUCAGCAGUGAAGCGCUGCCUGCCUCUUAUUACCCAGACCCAGGCAUCCCCUGGUCAGAAUGGUUAGCACAGUUUGACCAGGACAUGGGUCAACAGGGCCGACAGGUAGCCUUGCUGCUGGCUGACCAAGUGAUGGAGGAGUUGGAGGGCCUGCCUGGGUUCCACCACGUGAGGCUCUUGCCUCUGUCUGCCUCCAGCACCACACCUUCCCUGCCUGGCUCUGUAGUCUGGGCCUUUAAGGCCCACUACCGACACCGACUGCUGGGCAAGCUGACUGCUGUCCAGAGCGAGAGGGAUGGCACCUCACUGGCUGAGGCUGGGGCCGGCAUCACAGUGCUGGAUGCUCUGCACAUGGUGGCUGCUGCCUGGGCCAAGGUGCCUCCUCAACUCAUUUUAAGCAGCUUCAUUCAGGAAGGGCUGGCCCCAGGGAAAACACCCCCAUCCUCAGACAAAGAUUCUGAGAUGCCACCAGUCCCCAGUGGGCUGAGCCAGGAGGAGUUUUCCCGCUUUGUGGACCUGGAAGGUGAGGAGCCAGGGCUUGGAGUUUGCAAAGAGGAGAUGGGCACUGACAAUGAGGAGGGGAGCAAGAUGGACAGCUUUGAGCCCUUGCCCACCAAAGCUGACGCCCUGCGGGCCCUGGGUACCUUGAGGAGGUGGUUUGAGUGCAAUGGCACCUCCCCAGAGCUUUUUGAAAAAUUCUAUGACUGCGAGGCAGAGGUGGAACGGCUCUGCUGCCUGUGAGGGUGCUCGGCUGCCACCAGAGCCCUCCUGCUCUGUUUCCCAUGGAAACGCCUCUCCAGAAGGCAGAUCGGCCCUUUCCUGUGGAAAUACAGUGUGUGGAAGAGAGGACUUGCGACUUCAGGUCUAAGUUCAGAGCCAAAGUGCCCAUGCCCUGAGAAGAGGCUCUAAAGGUGGGGCCUGGAGGUUGGGAGUCUGGCCUAUAUAGUUUCCAAACUCUGUGAGAAGGUUCUAGAGCCUAGGGAAAGAAUUUGGAGGAGCUGGGGCUUGGCAAGAUAGGACUUGGGCUUUAGAGACAGUGGCUGUAUUCCUUGAACACUAUGUUAAAAACAGUUCUGCUUCUGGAAUAAAGUUUUUAACUAGAAAAAAGGCCAGGGUGUGAUUUUUAUCAGAGGAGGGUAAAAUCUUUCAAUUCAAAU